AGAGUUUGAAUAUUACAACAACAAAACAAAACUAGCUAAACAGUAAUGACGUCUAUAUAACUAUUUAAUAUUCUCGUCAAUGAACUUGGCAUAAUAAAAUGUAAAAUCUUGAAAUAAACGACGGUCACCUCAAACCAGAUUCCCAUUUCGUAAGUAUAAUAUGGAACUGUUUACAUUCUAAAAUACAUAAAAUAAACAAAAGUCGACGACGGCGACCAAAAUAAAACUCCAUAUUUGAAGAUUUUCAAAUUAAAUUAAUAAGGAAAAUUCAAAGUCUCUCAUUAGCGUAGGAUUCACUCCUCUCUCACCGUUCCACUCUUUCCCCCUCAUUUCCGCUACACUUAUUUCCAUCAAAUCCACACACACGCGCAUAUUAUAUAAACACAUAUACUUACACAUUAUUCAUUUCAUCCAUUACUAAUAGACGAACGAGUUAAACUAAAACAAAAAGCAUAAACAUUUAUUACUAAAUGGCUCCGUGUCGUACGAUGGUUCUGCUCUGUCUGGUUCUGUUUCUGGCGGCGAGUAGCUCUUCUUAUGUGGCCGCUGCAAGAAUUGGAGCCACCGUGGAGAUGAAGAAUAGGAAGAGCUUAGGGUUUAAAGACAGCCUUAUUUCUGGUUACUUGCCCAAAGGUGUUCCCAUUCCUCCUUCUGCCCCUUCGAAGAGACACAACUCUCUUAUUGACUCUCAUCCUCAUUGAUUUUUUUUCAUAUUAUCUUUUUGUUUAUUCAAUGUACUUUUUUUCGCGGUUUUGUUUUAUAGUUUAGAUCAACAUAGUUACACAUAGUAUGUACUCUUUGUAUAUGCUUGCACACGUCUAUCUAUACUAUUGAUUUUUUUCA